GCGAUACCAUAAUGCGAAUGGCAACAACAUUAAGGAAUCGUCUGCUACGAACACGCGAAAUUGAAAAUAUUACUUUACCUAUAAUACGAAUUAAUUUCUCACUGUCUUUUUGCUAUGGAGGAAGAAAAUCUUGAUAGUGUUUUACAACAUGCUCUCUUGGCUUUGUUAGAGAUUAAACCAAAUGAUCCAAUCAGGUUUCUUGCCGAGCAUUUUCAAAUGGAAUGUGAAACGAAUCUUGUUGCAAAAGCUGUACAUCUUUUGCAAGAUAUGACAAUUUAUCAUCCUGCUGUUGAAGAUCGUUUAAUGCGAGCAUAUAAUACUAUUAGUGGCUAUAGUUCCGAUGAUGGCUUGACUGGUGAUAUUUAUUCCGAUUUAUUAACAAAAUUGAUUGGUGACUUGCCUGUACAUCAGAAAGAUACUUUUGUACAGCAUAUGAAGUGUCAGAGUCCAGAAUUUGUUCCAUAUGAUAUAUUUCGAGCAGGAGUCCUGGCAUCAAUACUUCUCAAUCAAUUCAUAAGGGAGGUUAAAACACUCUUUGCUAAACUUUGCGUGGAGAAUCAUGAUUCAGCCCCAACAUAUUUAUGCAAAAAAGCAUUGCGAAAAAUUAGUAAAUGUUUGACGGAAAAUCUGAAAAAGUCUUGCAAUGAUUCUGAAGCGCCAAAUUCAUUAGGAAUUGCGGAAUUCAGUUCUCCAAUUCGUACAUGCUUGCCGAAAAACCUACCUACAGUAGAGUAUGUAAAAAUGAACACUUUUCUGUCUGAAGCUGUUGAAAUAUUUCUUCGCGAUAUACCAAAACUUUAGUGAUGUAGUGCUAGAAGAAUAUUAUAAUUUUCAUUUCUUUUAAUCCCAUCUAGCAUUUGUUCUUUAUUUUAUCAUGUACUAAUUUUGUAAAUAUAGUUUCUGCUUGUUUAAUUCAUAUAGCAUUUCAUGCAGGCAGCAAUAAAAGUAUGAAACCUU